CAUAUGUCGCGUCUCUAAUCCCUCAUUCAUUCUACUUUCCGCACACAUCUCAUCUCUCCUCCAUUCCACCACAGCACAAUGAGCUCCAAUUCCGACAACUUGACGCUACCUGUAGAGAAUGAAAUCGAUGGCCUGCCCGAAGACGAGGAAUCACCAACUCAGGAUGGCAACAAUGUUCUCGUCAGCCUGUGUUCCCUCACGCCGACGGCAAAGAAUAUUGAUCUCACCAGAAACAAGACGAUUGUUGGAAGGAAUGCAGCGAAAUGCACUGAAGGGGCUGUGCUGAUGGGCGAUACUAUCUCAGGAACGCAUUUCGAGAUCACGUCGCGGUCAAUGCAGGAUUCAAAGGCUGCAAUCUGGAUCAAAGACACUUCGUCGAAUGGCGUAUGGGUCAACAAUACGCGAAUCGCCAAGGACGAGCCGAUAAAGAUUUUCAACAAGGACAUCGUCAGCUUCGCCGCGUCAAAUGGAUCACAAGGCAAGGAUACCCUUUCGUUCAUACUCAUGGACAACAGAAAGAGAGCAGCAUCUAAGGGGCCCCAGCAGGACCGGGCGAAACGACUCCACGAGGAAGUAGACGCCCAGUCUUCAAUACAAGAUUCUGGACCGGACGCAAAGAAGAAGAAGGCAGACGCGGAUGAGGAUGAGGCUAAUGAUUUCGAAAAAGAGUUCAGUUGUGGUAUUUGUUACGAGAUCAUGCACAAUGCUCUUGUCCUUCAGCCAUGUCUCCACGCGUUCUGCAAAGAGUGUUGCAAAAUCUGGUUCCAGAGAUCGUCCGAAUGUCCCAGCUGUCGACAGGGUGUGGCUAGGACUAAGCGCGACUUCAAGCUCAACAAUCUCAUCGCUGUCUUCCUCAGAGCCCGGCCACAUAUGAAGAGGGAAGACGCAGAAGAUGAUGGCGCUGAUAGCGAUAGCUCUGAUGUUGUCAAGAAACGCCGCGGCAGGAAUCGCCAUCAUGGCGACGAUGACAUCGACAUCGAGGAGGAAGACGAUGAGGACGACGACGACGACGAUGAUGAGUACGACAUCCGGGUCAUCUUUGAUAACAACGCUGGACGGGAUUUACCCCUUCAUCCCAAUUUUGCUCAACUUCCGCCAGGUUGCCCAUGUUGCGAUGUAGACAACACUCUCGGAUAUGUCUGCCCAGUUGAAUUACGGCUUGGGCCAUUACCACAGAACCCAACAUAUGGGGAGUAUUUUGAUCGUCGCGCCAUUCAACCGGGUCAUAUACAAUGUUUGGCCUGUACGAAGCAUUUGCCUAUCAUUCCUCAGGAUGUCGAGGAGGCAGUCGCGGACAAAUUCAGAUGCAAAAUGUGUCAUAUUGCAUCCUGCGGGUGUCAGACGAAGAGUGUCGAGGAUUACAUUGUACACUCCGUGCCUAUCAAUGGAUAUUUGAACAAUAGUGAAGAGAAAAUCAUCAAUGAUUAUCUGAGAGAAAAGAACCGCACCCCAGCGUCGGUCUGGCAGGAAAUUAAGGAUGGCAUUGACAAUGGCGAUUUUUCGUACCUGGGAACGACGGACAGACCUGCGGCACGCGGACAGGACGUGACCAGUGCCAGUAAGCUGUGCUUGGGGUGCGCUCGCGACUUCUUCGCUAAUGGACCACUAUACCAAUGGCGGGUCGCAAUAAGCCCAGAUGAGUUGCCUGCUGCUGUCAGAAAUCGAGAGAACUGCUGGUGGGGCAGAGAGUGUCGUACACAGCACAACUUCCUACGUCGAGGACAUGCGGAGCGACUCAACCAUAUGUGUGAGAAGCGGCGAGGCCGGACUUAGGCCCCGUAGCAGGACCCGAUCCUGCAGUAUGUCGGUUUCGAGAUUUCGUUAGUCCGUCGAGGGUCAAUAAAGCUAACUUCAAU